CAGCAGCCAACGAAAGGAGGGAAGCGGUGACAGUGCCAGCUCCCAGUCAUGGCGGCCAUCCGCCUCAAGAUGUCGCUGGGGACGGGAAUCUGGAUACGCAAGCUCCUAUGGACGUAUCCGCCGAGAGCGCCGGAAGCGGCCAAGGUGCCAGCUCUGGCAGUGUGAACCCAAUUCGGGCACGGAAGGCGGGAGGCGGCGAAAGUGCCGCUCCCCACAGUGUAGCUGGAAGCGGCCCCGGUGCCGGCUCCAGUGCAGGACCAGCUGAGGUCGUGAAGACGGGGCGCGGCGAGAGUGCCGGCUCCCAAAGCAGGACAGGAGGCGGCCGGGAUGCCAAUCCUGGCGCUGACUCGGCGGCAGACGCCGAGAUGGGGGACGAGGAGUCGCUCCUGGGUUUCUGUGCCUUUGAAGAGGCAGAGGCAGAAAGGGCAAAGGUAGAUUGGCAACGUGACGAGCGAGAGUGUCUCUCCGAGCUACGUUUUGAGGCAAAUUGCCACAAUGAGGUACUUCAGAUGAUGAUGCAGUUAGGGGACCAGGUGCACGUAAAUGAGGUUUUCUCUCAGCCGGGAUCUUCUGCAAAGGUCAAUCGUUUUGGGUUGUGUGCAGGUCUUGUAAUGGAUUUGCGUACAGGUUGGGAUUUCGAUCUUCCUGAACACCGGCAGCUUGCCUGGAAGCACGUUGUUGCAGAGCAGCCGUACUUAUUAAUUGGAUCCCCGGGGGGCCACGAGAAGCUCCACAAAGGCCUCGCGCACACUAGGUUCGUUUGCAAGUUGUACGAGUAUCAGCACAGUCAUGGUAUGUUGUUUCUACAUGAGCACGCGUGGCAUGCAGCAAGUUGGGCAUUACCAUGUGUACGUAAAGUGUUGUCCCUAAAUGGUGUAAGUACUGUUUACAUGGAUCAGUGCGUGGUUGGACGAUCUGCCAAGAAACCCACAGGUUGGAUCAGCAAUAGUACGAAACUCCGGGACUCCUUGGGUGUGAAAGGUUAUCGUACCAGUCGUCAUUGCACAUAUUCUUCUCCACAAGAGGUCAUCUUUAGAGUACUGGAGGGAUUGAGGCAGGAGCUGAAGGAGGUAGGAAGACUAGAGCCUUUGGAGGCGGGCGGGCCUACUGUAGAGGAGGCGCCGCCAGAAAGGGAUUGGUCUGAGACGUACGGAGACAGCAUUUUUGUUGAUGACUGUACUGGGGCAGUCUUGGAUCCCAAACUUGUCGUCGAAGCUAGGCGCCUAGAGGUAGAGUGCAUGAGAAAACUAGGUGUCUAUAGGGAGGCGACCCGUGAGGAGAUGGAGGCAGACGGUUGCAAACCAAUACCCGUGAGAUGGCUGGACAUCAACAAGGGGGACCAGGACCACAUGAACAUCAGAAGCCGGCUAGUGGCGCAAGAGACGAAGCGCCGCUCCACCAUCGGAAGCGAGCCAAAAGACAUGGCCGCAACCUUUGCAGCCACGCCACCUUUGGAAGCUGUUCGGAUGAUGGCGUCUUUGAUGAUGACUGGGCAAUUGGGGAUUGCCCGUGACAAGAGACGAGUUUUAGGCUUGUACGACAUCAGCCGGGCACACUUCCACAGCCCAGCUCUCAGACCGUUGUGCGUGAUCCCCCCGGUGGAAGAUGAUAGCAUUAAGACGGGUAUCGCAAAGCUGUCGAAAGCGAUGUGCGGCACACGUGAUGCAGGCAAGUGUUUCGACACAAAGGCAGAAACCUCUAUGAUCGCGUUGGGCUUCAAGGUUGGAGUUUUCAAUCCGUGUAUCUACUACCAUGUUGAUCGAGGUGCGCUGUGUGUGCGGCACGGUGAUGAUUUCAUUCUCCUUGCAGAGCGUGAUGCACAAAAAUGGUUCCACGAUGAGCUCGGCAAGCACAUGCUGACCAAGCAUGAAGGCACACUGGGGCCAUGCAGAGACCUAGGAGACGUAGACGAAAUAAGAUGCCUCAACAGACUCAUUCGCUACGUCAGGGUUCCGUUCAAAGGGGAAGCUCACGAGUUCGUUGAGUGGGAGCCGGACCCGAGGCACGCAGAGAUUCUGAUAGCUUCUUUGGGACUCGCCAAGGAGUCAAAAUCAGUAGCCACCCCUGGUGUCAAACGAGCAGCUGGGUCCGACGAGACACCGUUGAGCACGCAAGAGCGGGAGUCUUAUCGUAGCAAUGUCAUGCGCUUCGCUUACCUUGCCUUGGACAGGCCGGAGUGCCAGUUUGCAUCCAAAGAGCUAGCGCGGUCGAUGCAAGCGCCGACCCGGGCCGACAUGGAGGCUUUGAAACGUUCUGCGCGGUUCUUGGUCGGAGCCGGACGGCUUGUGCAGCGUUUUCACAUGCAGGAAGACCCGGGGCGGGUGACCGUGUUCACGGACAGUGACCACGCCGGGUGUCUGAAGACACGGAAGUCCACAAGUUGCACUAUGACGUUCUACGGCAAGCACAUGGUGCGUGCAAUUUCUACGACACAAGGGGUCAUCGCCCUUUCUUCUGGCGAAAGCGAGUUCUACGCUGCAGUCAAGGGUGCCUCAGUGGGUCUGGGGACUGUUCAGAUGUUGCUGGACAUGGGAGUCCACGUAGCUAAACCAGUGAAGCUGUUAGUCGACGCUACAGCCGGCAUCGGCAUUGCAAGCCGCAGAGGUGUCGGUAGGAUCCGUCACAUCCACACACCGGCGCUGUGGUUACAGCGUGCCGUCCAUGAUGGCAGAGUGCUCAUGGACAAGGUCCACGGGAAGGUGAACCCAGCAGACGCUGGCACCAAGCACGUGGACGCCAAGGCGAUUCAAGGCAUGUGGUCGCUAGCUGGAUUCGUCGUUCUUGCUGGGGCCAGCAAGCGAGCCUUGAAAGCCACCCUGCGCUAGGAAGCGGCCACGGUGCCUGCUCCUAGCCCGCAGCUUGGGCCGGUCGCGCUCCUUGGGGUCAGAUCCACGGCAGUGCGAGGAAGCGGCGUUUGAGCCAGCUCCUCCCCCGAGGGCGGCGGCACAACACCCCAGCAGGGCUACGGGGGUGCAGGUGCCCACCUUGGCACUUGCGCUUGGUGCUCUCCCGGCGCCACGAGACACCGAGAGAGCAGGAGGAGUGCAUGAAUAUCCUGGCUCUCCCCUGGUCUGAGUCUUCUGCAGUGUAGCUUGAAACGUGAGCUCAGGGAGCAUGCAGUGAGGGAGGGUUAGGGGCAUUAGCAGUAGUAGCAGCAUUUUGCACUCGUCCGUAACUGUGAUGGCUUAGUUGCGAUUCGAGCGUUCGCAUAAACGCUAAUCG